UCUACAGAUGCCUAGUGGAGAAAUAGAAUUUUUUAAAUUUCAAAAUUUUUUAAAACUUUUGUUAACAAAAAAAAAUAAUAAUAAUAAGAAUAAAGAAAUAUAAAAGUGAUUAAAGUGAAAUCGCAAAAGAAAGAACUUAAAUAUUUUUUACUAUUUUUUGCCGGCUAAUAAACCAAAAAACAACUAUACAAAAAAUACGAAUCAAAAAUAAAAAUGUUUUCACUUCUACGGAAUUACCCACAAAUACAGGCAACUAUUGCUUGUUCAACCGUUAUAAAAUGCGGCGGCGUAAACCAGCAAAUAUCAAAAACUCACACAAAGCGUGCAAUGUCUCUACGUCAAGAUGUAUUGGCUCCUGGGAGGCACAGCACAAAACAAACGUUUAGUUCGAAGGCGCAACAGAACUAUUUUGGAACUAGAAUACGUGAAAUAUCAACACUGGAACGACACAACGGACGUGCAUUGAUGUCGGAAGAAGAGAUGAGCAAUUUCAUGGCAGUGUAUCCAGAUAUUUUAAAUGAGCUAACGGAGAUAGCUGAGAGAUAUAAAAGCGAAGAGGCUGCCGCAUGGUUCAGAAAGUCCCUAGAGUAUAAUUUAUCGUUAACAAAUAACAAGAAUGGCCUCAUAACGGUAUUAACCUACAAAAGCUUGGCAAAUAGUGAAGUGCUCAAUGCGGAAAAUUUAAAAUUGGCGCGCAUACUCGGUUGGUGUUUCGAAAUGAUGAUCUGUUUCAUAUUAAUCACCGAUGACAUAGUGGACCGAAGCACGACACGUCGCGGCAAGAUUUGUUGGCAUCACCUAGACGGUGUGGGUCUCAGUGCCAUAAACGAUGCACUACUAAUUGAGAAUGGCCUCUACGAAUUGCUCCAUAAGCAUUUCCGUCAUUUGGAUUGCUAUGCCGAUUUGUUGGAGUUAUUUCAGCAGAACAUUUUCAAAUGCAUAUGCGGCCAGACCUUAGAUAUACUAUUAACUAAAAGGAAUGUCACCACCUUCAAUAUGAACACCUACAAAUCGCUUGUGUUGAAUAAGACUUCCUGUCAUUUCUUCUAUUUGCCCAUCUUCUUGGGUCUACAUUUGGCGGGUGUAAGGGAUCCGGAAGUUUUCAAAGAAUCCGAAGCCAUAAUAUAUGAUUUGGGUAACUACUUCCAAGCACAAAAUGAUUUUCUAGACGUUUUUGGUAAUCCGGAAAUCACUGGAAAAAUUGGCUCAGACAUACAAUCGAAUAAGUGCUCCUGGUUGGCGGUGAAGUGCAUGGAGCAUGCAAGUGAAGAGCAGAAGGCUGUCAUGGCAGAGUGUUAUGGGCAAAAUGACCCCGAAAAGGUUGCACGCGUUUUGCAAGUCUACCAAGAAUUGAAUAUGCCCAGCCUCCAUGCCAAAUAUGAAGAAGAAAAAUACAAUCGGAUUUUGAGAAAUAUCCAACAAACAUCAGAUGCUGCGCCGAAGGAUGUUUUAUUGGAAGUGCUUAAUCAAAUUUAUGUUAGGGAGAUUAAAUAA